AUGUCAUCAACAGCGUCUCUGUCGUCUCGCCUUGUCGCCUCUGCUACGCGCCACGGUCCCCUCCACUCCGAUGAUGCCACCAUCUAUGCGCUCUCGUCUGCCCCUGGCAAGGCCGGCAUUGCCGUGAUCCGAAUAUCAGGGCCGGCUUGUUUAGACCGGCCCAAGAUCUAUAAAGCCUUGUGCCCGUCGGCACCCCCGGUCAAGCCGCGGUACGCCGCUGUGAGGACUCUGUAUGAUCCUGCCGAAGCAUCCGGCGACAGCGACAUUCUCGACCGUGCGGCCGUUGUCCUCUAUUUUCCCGGGCCCAAGUCCGUCACCGGCGAAGACGUCCUCGAGCUGCACGUCCACGGCGGGCCAGCCACCGUCAAGUCCGUCCUGGGUGCCCUUCCUGCCACGUCUCGCAGCAGCAGCAGCAGCAGCAUACGCUAUGCCGAGCCCGGCGAGUUCACCCGCCGCGCCUUUCUCAACAACCGCCUCGACCUCGCCCAGGUCGAGGCCUUGGGCGACACCCUCGACGCCGCCACCGAGCACCAGCGCCGCACCGCCGUGCGCGGCAGCUCGGGCCGCCUGGGACGCACCUACGAGGCGUGGCGCGCCCAGCUGCUGGCCGCGCGCGCCGAGAUUGAGGCGCUCAUUGAUUUUUCCGAAGACCAGCACUUUGACGAGUCGCCCCGCGAGCUGCUGCAAAACGUGUCGCGCCACGUCACGCAGCUGCAGCAGCGCGUGCGCGCCCACGAGGCGGCGGCCGACCGCAGCAGCCUGUUGCGGCACGGGAUCCGGAUUGCGCUCGUCGGCCCGGCCAACGCCGGCAAGUCGUCGCUCAUGAAUCUGAUUGUGGGCCGGGAAGCAUCGAUUGUCUCGCACGAGGCCGGGACAACACGGGACGUGGUCGAGGCGAGCCUGGACAUCCGCGGAUACCUGUGCACGUUUGCCGACACGGCGGGGUUCCGGCAGGUGGUGGCGGCGAGCGGCGGUGCCAUUGAGGCGGAAGGCACCCGGCGGGCGCGCCAAAAAGCCGCCGACGCCGACGUCGUAGUCGUAUUGGCGUCGGUCGACAAGGAUGCCGCGUCCGACACGUACGUCGUCAGCUACGACGAGGAGACGCUCCGCCUCGCCGCCCAGGCGCGGCAGCGGAUGGUCGUUCUCAACAAGUGCGACGUCGUUCCAGACGCGUCCACUCUUUCAGGUCUCGUCGACGAGUUCCGCCGGACGGUGGACCAGAUGAUGCGUGCCAGCCAGGAGACUGAGGGCGAUCCCAACGAGAACAGCCAGGUACCGGUCAUGGCCAUCUCCUGCCGGGCGGCCGAAGCGUCCGCCCUUGGUGAGCCGCUUCUUAUUGAAAUGGACAGCGCAAACAGCGAUCCUGGCGGCGUUCACGGUCUCGUCGAUGCCCUCGCUGCGUCCUUUGCCUCCAUGACUGACCUGCCGCCUGACGAGCAGGACUUGUUGGGCGUCACGGCCCGCCAACAGCAGCUCCUGGCGCAGUGUCGCGAGCACCUCGACGACUUCUUGGCAGAAGCGACUGACGAGGAUGCCGAUCCGGAUGUCGUGCUGGCGGCUGAGCACCUGCGGUAUGCGGCCGACUGUCUGUCGCGGAUAACCGGCCGUGGCGAGGCGGGCGAUAUUGAGGAGGUGCUGGGCGUCAUUUUUGAAAAGUAA